AUGACAGAAGUGGUUCACAUCAAAGAUCGAAAAGAAGUCAUUCACGAGAUGAAGUUCUCCCCGGACGGGUCUUACCUCGCCGUGGGAUCCAACGACGGCCCCGUGGACGUCUACGCCGUCUCACAGCGGUACAAGAAAAUCGGAGAGUGCGUCCAGUCUCUGAGCUUCAUCACCCACAUCGACUGGUCUCUGGACAGCAGAUACUUGCAAACCAACGACGGGGCAGGAGAACGGCUGUUCUACAAGAUGCCGUCUGGGAAGCCUUUAACAAGCACAGAGGAGAUCAAAGGCAUUCUCUGGGCCUCCUGGACAUGUGUGAAGGGGCCUGAAGUGAGCGGGAUUUGGCCAAAGUACACUGACGUCACAGAUAUCAACUCCGUGGAUGCCAAUUCCAAGAGCUCGGUGCUGGUGUCUGGAGACGACUUUGGCCUCGUGAAGCUGUUCAGGUUCCCGUGUCUCAGAAAAG